AUGAGUAUUGUUCAUACGCCUAGAUUUUUCCAAUUCCGUGACUGGCCAGAAACCCAGCUGCACCGAUUUAUGGCAAAUUUGAUAGACACAAGACAUAAACUGGAUGACAAGACUGUUCUGUACAUGCCUUUUGAAGGUGGGGAAAAAAAUAUUUUGGAUCCGACAGAAAGAGCAGCACUAGUGGAGCAGUUAGCACAGGAUAAAGAAUAUGUGAACAGGAUGGAAGCAUGUGUAAUCCACUGGACCCGGCAGGUUAAAGAUCUCCUUUCAUCAAAAGGUCACGGUGCAAUAUCAGAAAAUGCAGGUCCUUUGGAGGAAAUUGAAUAUUGGAAGAACAGAUGUGCUGACCUUGCUGGUGUACGCAAACAGCUUGAAAGCCCAAUGGUUCUAUUUAUCAUCGACAUGUUGGCACAUGCCAAAUCUGAUUAUGUCACCACUUUUAAGAAGCAAGCGUCAGAAUUAAAGAUGGGGUCCAAACAGGCAGAAACCAAUUAUAGGUUUGUGUCUGUACUGAAAGAAUCAUGUCACCAUUUGGCAGAGGCCACACCUUCAGAAAUCCCAACCAUGAUGCCUAAGAUUCUCAAGACUCUUCGAAUGAUUUGGGUGACCUCUGAAUUCUACAAUACCGUGGAUUUAAUAACAGGCUUUUUACAGAAGUUAAGCAAUGAAAUUAUCAAACGUUGUUGUGAGUCCAUCAACAUAGACAAGGUCUUUCAAGGAUACGUCAUCAGCAGCAGAAAGACCCUGAACACUUGCAUCGAUUGCUGCACAUCAUGGGAGGAAGUAUAUGACAAGACAGCUUCCAUCCACCAUAAGUUUUCUGGACUUCAAUGGAAUCUUGACAGAGAUGCUGUCUUGUCUCAAGUUAAUGGAUUUAUUCAGAGAUGCAAGGAUUUACUGGAGGUCUGUGAAGCACAGGAAGUUUUUGCUCGUUUUGAGGAUGGAUAUCAGAAACCAAUGCCACAGUUUGGAGGCCGUCGAGGCCUCGACAUUGUACGGUCUCUCAAAUCUGUGGAAACACUGUUUGAUCACAGCAUGAAGAUCCUUGCAGUUCACAAAAGAUCGAUUUUGGAUGUCAGAUCUACUACUUGGCAUGAAGAUUUCAGCAAGUUUCGCAAAGUGAUGAAAGAUCUUGAGAUUAUGAUACAGAAUUUAUUACUAUCAAUAUUUGAAACAGUUACUACUGUUGAGCAGGGUAUAGAAAUUCUGGAUGUUUUCAUGCACUUUGAAAACCAUGAGUCUGUCAAGCGUACUAUUGAAAAAAAGACAGUAGAUGUGUUUACCCUGGUGAAGACUGAGAUAAACGCUGUAAGUCAGGAGUUAUCUAUCAAGGGUAAGGCUCUGACACAUCAGCAACCCAAAUUUGCUGGUGCUAGCCACAGGGUUCGAGCUCUGAAAAGACGUGUUGAAAAAAUAAUGACGAUUAUAGACAGGGCCUUCUUUCUUCCAUCAGUUGGCAGUAUUGCAGAAAUUAGAGCUUCAUACCGUAAAUCUCUGCCAUGGGUGUGA